AUGAACUUCACCAGCUCCUUUUCUGAUAACUCCACUAUUCUAACAACUACAGUAUCCUACAGUAAUCUUCAAAGCUCCACUGUUGUUUCAAAGGAUAUUGUGAAAUACGUGGAACUUCCUGACUGGUUCAAUGAUGCAUUCAAUAUGUUUAACUUCAUUCUUGCUAUCCUUCAAUUUAUUGCAUUUGGUAUCAACCUGAUCCAUAUGACUAUACUAACAAGAAAGGAACUGCGCUCUAACACAAUAUAUAGAUUAAUGAUUGGAAUCUGUGUAUGCGAUCUCAUAAGUCAAGUUCUUUCAUUCAUCUCGUUUUCCCCUUUCUGGAUUCGAUCAAUCAAAAAAGGCGAGGAAUGUUAUGUUACCGUAACCUAUCAAGAUGCAAUUAUCAACAAAUAUGUGGUCGGAGUGUUGGAUGACACUCAACGAAGUGCCACCUGGUUGGGUCUUCUAAUGGCAUUGUACAGAGUGUUGGCUGUGAUGUUUCCAAUGAGUCCGAGUAUUCAGAGAGUGUCAAAACGUGCAUACGUUCCAGUUAUAGUUGUAGUGGUUUUACUAUUGAAUGGGAUGGUGUCAUCGGCCGCAAUGUGGAAUCACGAGAUAUAUAGACAGUUGAAGGAUUUCAGAACGAUCGCCUAUUUGAUUAUGUGUUUUGCUGAAAUCUUUCCAGUAGUCAACUCGUCAACUCAUCUCUUUGUUUGUUUUUUCAUGUCAUCUCAAUAUCGAGAGACUGCGAAAUCUAUGUUGGGACGGCCGAAUCAAAAAAUAAUAUUCGUGGAGGAGUGCAAAACUCAUACUAUCACAAAGGCGGCUAGCAAGAGUUUAUGA